AGUUGUUUCCCCUGAAAUUUUAAAAGGGGUUGGGGUGGGGGAUGAUUCAAGGGUCAUGCCAACAAUUAAGAUGUGUAGGCAAGCCUUUAUAAAUAAAUAUGCAGCUCCAUUGACAACAUCCCCAAAUGAUAUGUGACGCUCGUCUCAAGGGAUAAACAUGCAGGUAACAAAUGAGUUUCGUUUUUUUUAAGUACAAACGUUGCCUUCUUUAUAAUGAAUGGGUCACUCGACUAUGAAAGUAUGGUCUAAGGUCUAGUUGGAGUUGGAUGCUUUACUGAUACUGUUACUAAAUUCUAAAUAGCCUAAUAAUUACUUACCCUUACAUUGCAUUUAAUUUAAGCUAAAUGGUCGUUGAUACUCUGAUAAUUAGGUACUUGUUAAUUUGGGCUGCGGAACUUGAAAUUAUAACGACUUAAUUUCACUAUUAUUCUAUUGAAAUGGAUGGAUGGGACUCCUUAGUGCAGUGGUUCUCAACCUUUCUAAUGCCACGACCCUUUCAUACAGUUCCUCAUGUUGUGGUGACCCCCAACCAUAAAUUAUUUUCGUUGAUGCUUCAUAACUGUAGAGUAAAUGUGUUUUAAGAUGGUCUUACGCAACCCCUGUGAAAGGGUCGUGCAACCCCUAAAGGGGUCGCGACCCACAGGUUAAGAACCGCUGCCUUAGUGCCUUGGACUGCAACCCAUCUAAGUCCAAGAGAAGGCAAACUCUGAAUUCAAACCAGGAGCCAGAAUGAUCAAUAAAUUGAUUGUGAGCCCUCAAAUACAAGAGAAGAAGAAAUGGGUAUUUAAUAUUAAAAUUAAAUGUUUAUAGUAGACCGAUCUAAUUUUUAUUUAGGACUAGCCAAUUUACCCGGCGUUGCACGGGAUUGCAUUAGGACCCCGAUCCUGGUGGGACCCCAAUCCCAUUGGGACCCCAAUCCCAUUGGGACCCCAAUCCCAUUCUGACAUCGAUCUCGGCGCAGUCCCAUUUCCUGGUGUGAUCCCGAUCCCGUCGGAUCCAUUCAAGGUUAGGAUCCCGAUCCAGAUGGGAUCUCAUUUUCUUGUGCGAUCCUGAUCCCGUUGGGAUAAAGAUUAUGAUGGGGUCCCAACCCAUUUGGGAUCCCGUAUCAAAAAAUUCUUCAAUGGUACUGAGAGUACAGUAAACUCCAGGGCAGUAUAGAAAUGAAAAGAACUAACUAACAUUUUCAAUAAUCCCUUAGAACCCACUAUAUAUCUCCUUGUAACAAUUUAGAAUUUUCUGGAAUAUUCUUGAUUAAAUUUAAUAACCUGCUCGAAACAUGUGUAAAAACUACUUUUCUAAUUAUUUUUUUAAAUACAAUAAAAAUCUUCAACAUAAUCCUUUUUCUUUUAAGUCAAUCAAGGGGCCCCUGGGGGCCCAUUCCAUAACUGUACCGAUUUAGUUAUGCCUGAGAUAGGGGGCCCUAUAAAAAUCCUCUGCUAAAUAAUAAAGUUAAAAUGUAAAAUUUGUCCCAUUAAAAUCGGUUCAAAAUACCAUAGAUAUAGCUUUUUAAAAUUAUGGAACUUUCUGGGAAAUUCUAGAUUGGAUAUUCUUAGUUUUAAAUCCACCGUUAUUUCAAUACGGACAAUGAUGGGUAUUGCUACCAAGCUAGGCAUUGAUCCAUCAAUUCAUAUUGAACCUAAUGUGUUGUUUAAGCCUUUUAAUAUUUAUAUAGCUUAAAUAAGAAAAAAUGAAACGGGGCCCCCGGCCUUAGAGGGAUGGAUAUUAUGAGUUCAAUACCCUUGGGUAUUUGAAUAUGGAUAAUCAAGUAAAUGUGUACUAAGUUUGGUCGACAUCCAUCCAUUCGUAUUGGAGUAUUUGUUGUUAAUUUUAUUUAUAUAAUAUAGCGCAUAUAAGGAAAAAAACGAAUUCGGGGCCCCCGGCCCUAAACGGAAUGUUAUAAAAAGUUCAUAACUCCUUAAGUUCCUUCCGGAUAAAGAUGGAUAUAUGUGCCAAGUUUGGUCAAGAUCCAUCAAUCCAUGUAUUAAAAGCCUUUGUGGAACAAACACCGCCCGCCACAAAUAAACAUUCACUGUUAUAUAUAUAUAUGAUUAGUCCUACCAGAGUAAAAUUACUAUUUCACAAGAUAUAGAUAGGCAUAGAUUUGGAAGAUUUACAGAGAACAGCGUGUCUUACUGAGUAUGUUGGGCCUAUGCUCCAAGGCUGAGAAGCACAGCUUAGAAGACUAAUAUAUCAUGUAGGCCUAUUCUCCAAGGCUGAGAAGCACAGCUUAGAAGACUAAUUUAUCUUAACAACCCUUUCCCAGGGGUCACAUAAGAUCAUCGGAAAACAGAAUAAUUUUGUGGCUGGGGGUCCCCACAACAUGAGGAACUGUAUUAAAGUGUUGCAGCAUUAGAAAAGUUGAGAACCAGUAUUUAUAUAUAUAAAGGAAUUAAUAAUUACUUGGUUGUUUUUAUGCAGAUUGCACAAUAUAAUUCAAAAACUGAAAAUAUCUAGAACAAAAAGUAGUACAGGUACUUUUGAAAAAUACAAUUCAUUAAAAAAAAUUCAAAGUGCUUCUUUUCUGUGUCCCAUUCUCAAGUGAUCUGGAAUUUAUAAACUUUGUAUUCCAGAAAUUAUGAAUGUUAUAAUUAUAUUCGGCCUUAUUAUUAUAGAUUAUACACUCAAAUUAACACUUUUUUCCUUUCUUAUAUUUUAUUUAGGUCCUAAGAUGUAUAACAGCAAGGUCAAGGUCUCAUCAGUAUAAAUUUCAGAAGCAAUGGAAUCAAGUCAGUUUAAAAAAAAACCAAAAAAACAGUUAAUUGAAUGAGUUGUGGUGGAGGAGAGGGGGGAAGGUGUUGCAUUAUACAUAUUUUUUUCUUCAAAACUUUUUUUUUUUUUAAUGAUUUUUAUUUCAUUUAGUUUUCACUUUUAAAAAAGACCUUCGUUGUUUGGGGCUAUUCAUAAAUGACAUCACACAUUAUGACAGAAGGGAUUAAAUAUUUGUGAUGAUGGUGCCUAAAAAAAUAUGAAGAUGUGCGAGGAGGUGACCAAAAAAAAGGGGAGGAAAUGGUUUGACAUCACAUGUUGGAUGGGAUGUAGUUGACCAAGUGAAAAACUCUGAACUAAGUAGGAUAUGUGAAAUCAUCAAAAACAUUCCAGGACAUCAUGUGUAGACUAAAAAAAAUAUCUGACUCAUAUUGGCAUGUUUAAAAAAAUGGUUUAAUAGCAUAUACUUUCAAACAUAUAAUAUUUUCCAAAUCAAUUCCUAAGAAUGAUAAAUAUUAGGAUAUCUAUUUGUCUUAUAUUUUAGAUUAUAGAAAUAAAAAAUGUCAUUUUUUUUAACCUGUAUUAUUAUAUUGAAUUGCUUACCCGCUUUGUUCUUAUCAAUGAUAAAACGCUUUUCAUCCUAUUUCCUAUUCUUCCUCAGAUCUAUAAAUGUAAUUUAUCAACAUCAUGUCCUGAAAUAAAAGUGUCCAAAAGUCCAGUUUUAAUUGAUGAAGAAGUCAACAUAAGAGUCAGUGGAUUGAAACAAGGACAGAAGAUAACAAUACAAACCUACAUGAAAGAAGGAGACAAAACAUUUGGAUCUUGUGCUCAUUUUACAGCUGACUGUCAGGGGACUGUGGACACGUGUAGAGAUCAGUCUCAGGGGGGAACAUUCACUGGUAAAAUUAUGGUUAUUAUGAUGACAUUCAUUGGUAAAAAUGUGUUAUAAUAAUGAUAUCACUGGUACAAUUAGGGUUAAAAUGAUGAUAUUCACUGGUAAAAUUAUUAUUAUCAUGUUGACACACUGUUAAAACUAUGGUUAUAAUGACAAUAUCCAAGGGUAAAACUAAGGUUUCAAAUUUCCUACUGAUGUAACAGCAAGAGUAUGAUAUUCUAGGAUUUUAAAGAUGCCUUUAGUUCACCUGUACUGCCAGACCUGAGACAACCACCAAAGUAUAUCCCUGCUUUUGAUGCCAGGAUUUUGUUGAACUUGACACAGUCCCUUUAGGAGAGGCAGAAUGUCAGCGACAUCUCCAUUGUAUGUGAAUGUUAGCAAAAACCUUUGACACCAUAAGCAGAGCAACAUUUUGGAAAAUUAUGUGCAAAUAUAGAUCCAAAAGAAAAUUAUAUCCAUGGUGAAGCAAUGCCAAGAUGAAUGGCAGGAUAGACUUUGUGACGGUGAAUAGACGUCCCCAUCAUCCCCAGUUACAAAUAGUGUGAAGCAUGAUGUUUAAGUCCACCAACAUUAUUCAGGCUCCAGUUCUCCUGUGUCAUCUGGGAUCUUCUCUUUGCAGAUGACUGUGUCCACAAUUCUUAUGAAGCCAAUAGGUUAGAAUCAAUGGGAUUAUUACUAUUUUGCUUUUAAUUACAAUCUUCGAGUGUUAUAGCCAAUGGGAUAAUUUUAAUGUUGUAUUUAAUCCCAAUUUUCCAGUGCUAGAGCAAAUGGGAUUAUUUAUAUGUUGUAUUUAAUCCCAAUUUUCCAGGGGUGGAACCCAUGGGAUUGUUCUGGAGUGCACGUCCGACGCCUGGGGUUAAACCUGGCAGACUUUUAAAGGCAGACAUUAUGUCCCCAUAUGAUGUGACCAUAGCCGUACAAGAUGACUUUAAAGAAUUCGACAGUCUGCCUUGGUCAGACAAUUUGCCUUGUCUUACAUCAUGUCAGCUACAGCGCUCCUAUGUUACAUCAGGAGUUCAAAGGUUCCCAAUUAAAAUCAAUGAACUUCAAGGAACUUUUUUCACCCCACCAGGUAAAUAUUAUGACAUAUUUGAACAAGAUAUAUAUAGGCUUGAAAUUGAAAGGCCGUACAUUUAAAAGAAAAUUUUGUCUCAAUGCCUUUUUUUCAACAGACAUGACAAAAAAAGAAACAACAAAUUAUUAGAAACAAAAAGAAUUAGAAUUAAAAAAACCUAUGUUCUAGAAGAUCUUAGUGAUCUCAAGUUGUUGGGAACAAAUCACUAUAUGUUUAGAAAUGGAAGCCCUUUUUGUUAGAGACAGAAACUAAGUUGUUCAAAAGCACCACAUAUAUUAUCCAGGUAAAUAUAAAUAUAAUUGUAAGUUUACAAAAAACAGGAAUAAAAUACAUUGAUUUUAUUAUUUUAGUUUUUAUCUAAAUAAUCGCUCUAAAGUAAAUGUGCUUCUUCUCUGUAUGUUAAUCCUUGUGUUAAAAAUUAAAUAGCUAUUUUUUUUCCCUGCAAUAGUGUGAUGAAAGAUGCUUAGAAUUGCAAGAAAAGAUAACUCUUCAUUGCUCGACAGGACCAGGUCCAUUCCCAGCUGUGCUGGACAUGUUUGGAUUUAGUGGUGGAAUCAUUGAGUUGAGGUCAGCACUGCUGGCAUCUCACGGCUUUGCCUCAUUGACUCUUGGUUAUGUUGAUCUUCCUGGACUUCCACAGAGAGAGCAUCAUCUGGACUUUAAUUACUUUCUUGUUUGUACCUGUGCAUAAUUAAUGUCUUGAUAAAUAUGUUUGUUCCAUGUUCAUACCAGUUACAUAAUCACUGAAAUGAUGUAUGCUGCAUCAGUAACAUAAUCAAUGAAUUGAUAAAUGCUGUACAACUUGUACUGAUAUCAUAGUUAUUUCAUGGAUAGAUUGCAGAUUGGACAUGGUUAUCGCAUUAUUAGAUUUUGUUUUCUUUAUGUUGUCCGGUGUUAUCAAUAAAAGUUUUUUUAAAAAUUAAAAUAAAAUAAAAUAAAUGACUUGGGGAUUUAUGUUUCAUUGAAAUGUUUACUUUUUUUUUUUUAAAGAAAGCUUUUGAUUGGCUGGCGUCCCAUCCAAAGGUUGAUCCCAACAGGCUGGGAGGCGUGGCUACGUGUGUGGGUUCAGGCUACCAGCAAUUUAUUGCAUCCAGGAGACCAGCUGUGAGUUAUGUACCUUGCAACUAAAAAAUAAUUAAAGCAGUGGUUCUCAACCUGUGGGUUGCAACCCUUUCCCAGGGGUCACCUAAGAUCAUCGGGAAAACACAUACUCAAGGAAGGAAAAUUAUUUUGUGGUUUGGGGUCGCCACAACAUGAGAAACUGUAUUAAAGUGUUGCAGCAUUAGAAAGAUUGAGAACCAAUUAAUUAAAUUUAAAAUGAAGAUGUUAGGUCUGUAAUCCAGCUGUACUAAAUAUAAAUGCUAUUUUUGAAUGAAAGCUCUGUGGGGUAAUGUCUGACCAAAUAAAAAAUUAACAAUAACAUUCAAAAUCAAAUCUUUGAUACAAUUGUUACCUUUAUUUAAACUGUGUUUACUUUUAUUACAAUGAAUAUUUCGUGGAUUAAUAAAGGUUCUACUGUAAAAUAAUUUGUUUAUAAAUUGUCUGGCAAUCUAGUUUUGUUACUAACUUAUUUUUUUACUUUAGUUGGAAAGCAAACAAAAAUGUCCCUACAUUAUCUAAAUCAGGGGUGGGCACACCUAGGGCCUGACAGGCCUCAUGUUACCGCUGAAACUUAUAAUCAAGACCUUCUAUGAAGUGGAUCAGUGUUUUCUUAUAAUGUUCAAACUGUGAAUGAUUAUCUGUAAAACCCUUUAACAUUAAUGGUCUCAGUGUAAAAUUUUGAAGCUGUAAAAAUAACAAGCACAGCAAAUUUAUAAUAUUUUCAACUGCUUAUUUUCCAACUAAACUUCGAGUGAAUUUUAAAACGCCAUAUAUAUUUGACAUAUCAUAUAUUUGAAAUAGACCCUUUCUUCUCCAAAUAAUCUGGCAGAGCCAACAAGCCACUGAUUUCAUAAGCUCGGAAUAUAUUUCCAACCUCUAUUCUGCAGAUUUCACUCUCUGAGGCUGAAUAAUCAGUUAGUUAUCCUAACUUUAUUUUGAUCCAGUUUUAAUGUUUAGAUCUCUACAUUCCUAUAAAAAAUAAUUUCCCUAUUUCCACCAAUGUGGCCCUCUGCACAAAAAAGGGAAAGGAAUCCCUGACCUUAAGCCAUUUCAACUAAUUUAAAGAAUUUUUUGUGUUUGCUGCCAUAUUUGACAACAAAUUCAGGUCAAAUAUCUAUUGGUCUACUAUUGUGAUAUUUCUAACCCCAAGGCAGGUCAAAUGUUUAGUCAUGAUAAAUGGUAUAGCAAGACCUUUUGGAUCUAAGCAGACCAUAGAAGGGGAAGUUGUGGACACAAUAACCUUCCAACUGGAUAAAGUCAAAAUCGUUGAUGGCUUUGUAUCUUUCAGGGAAAUGUUUCAACCCCAGGAUGUUACCCCAACCUGUCCAGUAAGUAGGUUUUAUUUUUGCCCCAGCCUGCCCGUUAAGUAGAUUUUAUUGUUGCCCAACAUGUCCGGUAAGUAGGUUUUACUGACUUACUAAACAGUAUUAAAUUGAAAAAACAUAUUGACUUUACAAGACUUCUUCAGUGAAUGGAACAGGGCAUUUUAAAACAAAGUAAAAAUUAAAUGAAAAAUUAAAUUUUAGAAAGUUGGAUUAAAAAUUAUUUACUGUUCGAUACAGUAACUUGGAAAAGAAAACAAUUCUGAGAAUCAUGGUAGCCUACAUGAAAAAUGUAUAAGCUUCUCACCUUUGCAACUGUUAAGAUGAUUGAGUGAUUUGAAAGGAUGAUCAAGUAAUAUUGAUCUGUGAUCAUUAGCAGUAGAUUUACUAAGACAUAUUUUACAUUACAGUAAAGUAGAGAUUUUUAAGAUACCUAGAUAUCACAUUACAUGCUGCUUAGAUAUUUUCUAUUCACGGGGUUGGUGUCAUAGUGCUAAGAUAUUUGCUAUUCACAGGGUUGGCAACACAAUGCUAAGAUAUUUGCUAUUUACAGGGUUGGCGUCAUGGUGCUAAGAUAUUGGCUAUUCAAUGUCUGGAUGACCAAUCUAUAAAUCCAUUCAAUCUGGACAAUUAUAAGAAGCACAUACCAGAUGAAUUCAAGUUGAAUUUUUCAUCAAUUACUUACCCUGGGGCAGGACACAUGUUGGAACCACCUUAUACUCCACGCUGUCUAGCAAGUUAUAAUAAAAUUUCCAGUAGGUGUUAACCAUUUACGUAAUUUUCCAUAAUCAUUUAUUUUGUCAGGCAUAACAUUAUUUCAUAUCAUCAGCUAUAAUUAUAACCAUGCCAUAAGUCAGACAUAUAAUCAUGCCAUAUGUCAGACAUGUGUACAUGUCACAUCAUCAAAUAUUUACCCAACAAUCUUCUUGCAAUAUUUUGGUUUUUUUUAAAUCUCAACUUCUGUUUCAGAGAUGUACUUGUUAUGGGGAGGUGAUGAAAAACAUCACUCAGUUGCCCAGAAGGACAGCUGGCAGAGAAUUAUUUUCUUCUUGGACCAAAACUUAAGAAAAACAAAUGUAAACAGAACAGAGGCUGUGACUGGCCUUUAAUCAUUUUGAUUUAGUUUUUUUCAAUUUUUCAUUAUUUAUGUCUUAUUUUAUUGAAAAAUUUGAUGAUAACCCAGAAAUUAUUAAAAAUAUUUGCGUAGCUAAACCAUGUGUUUUGUUUGAUAGCAGUGCUAGUUUUGUUGGGUACACAAAAUAAUUUACUCAAGAGAUGGUGGAAAAUUUAGUUAUUUAACUGUGUAUCUCCUGACAUUAAAUAGUAAUUAAUAAAUAGUAGUAAGGUUAACAACAAUAAUAUCUUGUGUAAUUAGCAAUGUCCACACUACCUGGUGUUGCAUAAAACUGACUCAUUA